UUCCGACCACUCCAGUCUAGUUUUAGAGCACAGUUAUGGACCUUUAAGAAUUUCCAAAAAUGCAGUUCCUCUUUAAGUGAUAAUUAUUUGUCCUACUAUAACUAGACGAAUCUUUCUGUCAUCUCUUUAUGACAGUGGCUGUCAAGUUACCACAGCUGGCAAUUAUUUUGGCGGAAACUGUUACUGUGGUGUUUUUGUAAGAGCUGUUAUCAUUCUUAUAUUCAUUGUAGCCUACUUUUUAAUAUUUUAUGCAUAUCACUUUUUUUGUGGCUUUUCUUUUUUCAGUAGUUUUAUCAUACACCAAAAAAAAUGACGCUGACUUACAAAAUAUUAAUAUAAUAGACCUAAUAAACUAUGUGGCUAGAAUAGUUGAGAGACAUCAGAUAAAGCGAUAUCACUGGUGCCCUCAUGAUGGCGUCACUGAGACAGAUGAGCCAAAUGUCAACAUAGCAGUAAUAGCAGUAGCAGUAAUACAAAUAUACAGUGCAUUUUUGUUUUGAAAAAAAUAUAGUUCAAUUUCAUUUUGUUCAGAAAAGCAAAACUGAACGUCAACAACUGAAAAGAAAAGCUAUAACUACUAUAAUCUCUCUUAUUAUCAUUUAGAGUGUAUAUAUUAUUAUAAAGCAUUACAGAGUCCUUAGUGUUGAAUGGGGAAAAAUCCUUAACCGCGACCCAUCUAUCAUUAAAACGCAUUCGCCCAGAAAAACAUCCCGUCAGACCAGUAUUUUCCCUUUCAGCCAAUGACUGAAUAAUCGCGUUAAUCUCGAGCUGCUCACCUGUAGCACAGGUAGGGUGAUAUUUCCGCCCCGACGCAUUUCACGCGAGUUCUUCUCAUGCUCACAGAGCUCAACAUGUUCUUGAAGAAUGGACCGUUCAUCACCACCACAUGAUGAACUGGACUAUACUACAGUGGGUGCUUCUCUUGGCAUCUGCAGGGCAAAUCCAAAGCCAUGCACUUCGUUUCACCAUCCUGGAGGAGCAAGAAGUAGGCAUUAAGAUCGGAAGUCUAAGCAGGAACUACUCAGCUCCAUACCAGCUCUUCGAUGAGUACAUCAGAGUGGACGAAAGCACAGGGGAUCUGUUCACUAAAAAGCGCAUAGACAGAGAGACCUUGUGUCCGUCACAUCAGGAUAGGGACUGUACUUUUUCAAACACUGCAGUCGUGAGUCAUUCUGAAUUUGUGCUGAUAACAAUUGUUGUGGAUGAUAUUAAUGACAACGCUCCUAUUUUUGAAAGGGAUGAGAUUCAUAUACGCAUACCUGAAGAUGCAUCAAAUGGGACGGGUUUUCCACUGGAUGACCAAGCCCAUGAUAAGGACUUUGCCAAUAAUGGCUUGAUACAUUACCAUUUAGAAGGCUCUGAUGGCUUUUUUGGCAUCAGACAAGAUGGGUAUGAACUUGAGCUGGUGGUAGAAAGAAAACUGGACCGGGAAACUCAAGAAAACCACUUCUUGGUUCUUGUAGCAGUAGAUGGAGGUUCAGUGCCACUUAGCGCUACAGCUAUUCUCAAUGUAACUGUAACCGAUGUUAAUGACAAUUGCCCAGAGUUUGACGCUGAUAGCCCUAUCACAGCCAUUGUGCCAGGAUUAGGAAUCAAGGGCACUGCGGUGGCGCAGCUUAAAGCUACAGACAAAGACCUGGGCCAAAAUGCCCAGAUCACAUUCUCCUUCAGCCGUCAGAUCUCAGACAGGGCUAAAACGCUCUUUCACAUGGAUGGACACACAGGCCUGAUCAGCUUAGCUGUUGACGUGCAGGUUGACAGUCCCGAGGAGCACGUGUUGAAAGUCUUUGCGAAUAGCCCACUUUGCCCCCCUGCUCAAACUCAGGUAACCAUAUACAUUCAGCCAGUGACGAGUCCAGAGCCGACCAUAAAGAUCAGGUUUGUCGCAGAGAAUAAAAACCAAGUGAUCGUGUUACAAGAGAACGAGCCCCCCACUGUCUUGGCCCUCUUGGAGUUAGAAGACACCUCUAGUGAUAAAGGUACUCUGUCCUUAGAAGCUGACAGUAUGCCAUUUUCUUUGAAACCAAAAGCAGGCAGCUAUUUGCUUUUAACAUCAAAACCUCUAGAUUUUGAGAUGUGCAGCGAGUAUGAUGUUACAGUUGUUAUUUCUGAUCCUCAUGGCACACACCUGCACGGAAGGAAAGUGAUCAAAGUGGUGGUUGAAGAUGUGAAUGAUAAUGCCCCAAUGUUUGAUCAAACACACUAUGAAAAGGACAUCAAGGAGAACAACAUUCCUGGUGUGUUUCUGCUGAAAGUCCAGGCUACCGACGCAGACAGUCAUCAGUUUGGCAAAGUAAGGUACAGGCUUACAAAUGGGGGACCUUUCAUAAUUCACGAAGAGACGGGUGUGAUUUCGGUAGCAGAGUCGUUGGAUAGAGAACAGCAGGACAGAUACCAACUGACUGUUCUGGCCCGGGACGGCGGCGAUCCUUCUCAGGAGGGCUCUGCUAUUGUGUCCAUAAACGUACUGGAUCUGAAUGACAAUCCACCGGCCUUUUCAACCCCACAUUUCUAUUUCUUUGUGUCUGAGAGCCUUCCACGACUUUCCCAAGUUGGGAAAGUCACAGUAAGCGAUACUGAUGAAGGAGACAACGGCAAAAUAGUGGAUGUGCGGAUUUUAAAUGAAAAGGUCCCUUUUGCCAUAGACCUGGCGCAAGGAUCGAUCCGCAGCACUGGUGAAGUCGAUCGUGAGAAGCAGGACCGCUAUGAGCUUCUGGUUGUAGCCACAGAUGGCGGCAGACCGGCUCUUUCCACUACGGCGAAAAUGACCGUUUUUGUUGAGGAUGUCAAUGAUAAUCAACCCAAGGUCCUUCUUCCUAGCAGCAACCUCUCCUGUCAGACCAUAUCUCCAGCCACCCGAGCAGGGAGCAUGAUAACAAAGAUCUACGCCAUUGAUGAGGACUCAGGAAUGAAUUCGGACAUCACUUACCAAAUUGUUGCAAGUGAACCGGCUCUCCAUAGCCCCUUCCAGAUUGACCAGCACUCAGGAAACAUCACCCUGGUCCAGCAUCUGCGCAGCGAGGAUUACGGCAUGCACCACCUCUUCGUAGUCAUUCGCGAUGGAGGAAAGCCUGACCCGCUGCAGACCACCGUGUGGGUCAACCUGCUGGUCAACGAAACUCGGGAAAAAUGUCACGUGAGCGCCGUGCCAGAAUACCUGCCGGCGACACUGCCACCUCCGAUGCCGCUCAAAGACUGCAGAGGCGAAUCAAAUGCCUGGCUUGUUUUUUUUCUCAGUGGCCUGGUCCUUAUGCUCAUAUCAGGCUGUGUUCUUCUGGCAGUUGGAGUGAUGAUUAUGAAGCACAAACACACAAAAAGGAAAGCGAAAAAAAAGAAUGCAUGGGAAACUGGAAAUCUCUGUGAACUGAAGCCUUUGAACUAAAGCAAGGGCUUUGCAGAUAUACCAGUUAUGUCUAAAAAUAUGACAAAAGUUUGGGAAAAAAACUUUUGAUAACCUGUAAAUAGUAUUCUUUGAUUUCUCGAUUAGUUUUAUAAUAGUAAUAUCAUAGUAAUACUAGAAUAAAUAAAACUAAAUAUAUUAGUAUGAGUUUGGCCUACUAUGUCUGAGAUACUUGCUUCCUUUUCCCAGGAUGAUGUGUUUUUACCUUAGGCAAAUUUAAGCAUAAUAGAUAAAUAUGAAGAUUGUUGCACUUAAGGACUGUGUUCUGUUCAUUCGUAGUCAGCAAUGGUGUGACAUUGAUUGAAGUGAAAUGAAAAUAUUUACAGGUGCAGUCUUGCAGGAAGAAAAAUGCACUUGUUUGGAUUGUUCUCAUGUUUCUCCUCUUCAUGUCGCCGUGAGUUUAUAAGAGGUUGUGUUGAUGCCCGCAGCCUGCAAUCAGCACCAUUGUCUAGAUCAUGAAACAAUAUAACCGUUUGUAUCUGUUAUGCUGAUUUAAACCAUUGACUACAAAUUCUAGUUCAUGUUCAACAAAAGCCAAAUAACAUUUUAGGCAUUGUUUUAGUCAUCACAGCUUUCUCAUAUCUUGGCAGUAUAGUUAAUUAAAUCCAUAAUGCUGGUUGAUGUUAAUGAAAUGAACACGGAAGGCUGAAUAAAUAUACAUUAUAGGAUAAA